AUGUUAUCUUCAGCAGUGUACUUGAAGUUGAAGAACUUUGAGCAGGAGGUGCGAGCUCACAGAGAUUUGGAUGGAUUUCUGGCUAAGGCCCGAAUCCUGUUGGAUGUGUCGGCUUUGUCACUGGACGAUGUUCUGCGAGAGAUGCUCAAGCACGUCACUGAGGAGUCAGAAAAUGCCGAGCCCAAUUCUAACUUUGAUGACGUCAUGACUGGUUUAUUCACCGAUUCGGGCACUUUGCAAGAAGGCAGUGUACAUCUCCUGUCAAACACUAUUCAAGGGGUUUCUGCAACCACAACUGGUGUUCAAUACCAGCAGUCCUGGCUCUGCCUUAUGUGCACUGUGGCAAUGCUCCAGAGACGGCACGUAUGCAUCUGUCGAUUAGAGAGGCCUCAGAACUGGGGAGAGAAUUGCUGUGAGAUGCGCUACGUUAUCCUGAUCCUGGUGCCACCAAAAAUGAAAAGUACAAAAACUGCCAUUGAAGUUGGAAGAACCUUUGCCACAAUGUUCGCCGACAUGAACUUCCGCCAGAAGCUCUUGGAAGCCAAAACGAAGGAGGAGUUCAAAGAGACCCUAAUUCUUCAACGGCAUCUGCUGACUGUAAUCCACAGGGAACCUGCCACCAAAGACCAUGCCAAGAUGGAGGAAAAAAAGUCCCUACAGGCUUUUGACUUCCUACGCAUAGGGAAGGGAAUGAUGGAAGACUUACGACGGAGGUUACCAUUGUAUCUAUCAGACUAUACUGAUGGUAUCAUUGGUAAAAAUAAAUCUAUUAGGAAGUAUAUCACCACCAUCUUGUUUCUGUACUGCAUCUGUUUACUGCCAACAAUAGCUUUUGGUUCUCUGAAUGCUGAGAAUACCAGAGGCUCAAUUGAUGUACAGAAAACCAUCCUUGCCCAGUGCAUUGGCGGAGUGGCCUAUGCAGUCUUUGCUGGUCAACCAAUGGGUAUAGUUUUAACCACUGCACCCCUUGCUUUGUACAUCCAUGUAAUCCAGGGCAUCUGCGAUGACUACAAUUUGAAUUUCUUUGCAUUCUACGCCUGUGUUGGCUUGUGGAAUUGUUUCUUCUGUAUUAUCUAUGGUAUUGCUAAUUUAAGUUCAUUGAAGAAGUUUUUCAAAAGGUCAACUGAUGAGAUCCUGGCAGUUUUUAUAUCUAUUGCUUUUGUGGUGGAUGCAUGUAAAGGACUGGCCAAAAUUUUUCAGAGUUAUUACUUCUGUCCAGAAAGACAUUCAAACCACCUUGGAUGGGGCCAGGAUCUCAGCUCUAUGUCUAACACCACUCCUGCGAUCAAUAGCACGUAUCCCGGUGCAGAGACGUGUGGGCGAGACACUGCAGUGCUCAGUCUGAUCUUGAUGCUCGGUACACUCUGGCUGGGAUACACCUUGUUUCAGUUCAAGAAGAGCCCUUUUCUACAUGCCAGGGUCCGAGAAACCCUGUCUGAUUGUGCCUUGCCAAUAUCUGUGGUGGUGUUUUCAUUUGUGGGAUCAUACCUUUUUAGAGAUAUAAAGGUUGCUUCAUUUAGUUAUAAUCCCCAUAGUGGUUUAUUCAACCUGGCCCCAUUUCACCUCCUCUCUAUUGGAGCAAUAUUUGGUGGGAUGGGUUUGGGCUUUCUUCUCUCAAUGCUCUUCUACUUGGAACAGAACAUUGUGAUGUCAUUAACAAACGCCCCUCAAAACAGGCUAGUAAAAGGCACAGGUUAUCACUGGGAUAUCUUUCUCGUGGGCAUAAUCAACAUUGCCCUAUCUAUUUUUGGGUUACCAUGGGUACACUCUGCCUUCCCCCAUUCUCCAUUGCAUGUCCGUGCACUGGCCUGCGUAGAGCAGAGGGUGGACAACGGGCAUUUGCAUGAGGUGAUUGUUCGUGUAAGGGAGACCCGAGUGUCUGCUCUUGUGGCCCACAUACUGGUGGGGAUCUCGCUUCUGAUGUUGCCCAUCCCUCUGCAAUGGAUUCCAAAACCUGUCCUAUACGGCUUGUUCCUCUACGUCUCCGUGACCUCCAUCGAUGGGUGCCAGUUUUUUGAGCGUUUGGCCCUUCUGUUCAAAGAGCAGAUGUCUUAUCCCCCUACGCACUACAUCAGGAGAGUUCCCCAGAGGAAGAUCCAUUACUUCACUGGUCUCCAGCUGAUUGAGAUUGCCAUUCUCUGUGGCUUUGGAAUGGCUCCGAUUCCCUACUUGAAGAUGGUAUUCCCCCCAAUCAUGCUCGCCAUGGUCCCCAUCAGAUGCUACAUCCUCCCUCGAAUAAUUGAAGCCAAGUAUUUGGAUGCAAUGGAUGCAGAGCAUUAAAAGACAACAGAAUCAGCGGGUGUACCCACGUGCUGUGUAUCACAGAAUGUGUCCAGAGAUGUGUUUUUUGUGCAUCAGUGCUUAAGGACCAACCAAAGCAGCUGGCACUUGACUCAGAUCCAGCAAGUGCCCACCUUAUCCAUUUUACUACAAACAACCCUUGUGCUACAAGACUUGUGCACCAAUCUUGAAAUGCCUCUUGUUUUUUUUUGAUUGCCCUCUUUUUGGAGAAAGUUGCACAGUGGAGAAUGUGUCUGUGGUAGCAGGAGAUAGACCAUUGAAACAAAAUGGUUUAGUGUUCUUUCAGUCCAUCAAUCCCAAUCCAAACCCGCACCCUCCUGCCCUUCCUUUUUCAGACUAAUCCAGACUCUUUCCUUUAAUGGGGAUGUUCAGGGAAUAAUAUUUGCGUUUGUAACAUCAUGGAUUUGCUUUCUGAAGCAGAGUGUGCAAUAUGCAGUAUCUCUGCUCUGUAAUAAAUGUAAGGGAAUUAUGAUUUUGUUUUUGCAUAGCUCACAUGCAUGUUGGGCUACCCAUUUUGAUGCUGUAUCUGCACCCACGUUUCCACCAUAUGUACUUUAAAUCUUCUGAUUUAAAGGGAUAUUUAUAUGGUUUGUUUGCGUAAUGUGUAUGUAUUCCAUCUUUAGCUUUUUUAAUAUUUUCACAAGUGUCUCACUGGUUAGAACAUAGUUUUUCUUUGAAUGGGCGAGACUGGCACAAAUGAGGUCUGUAAAGCUUUGCUGAAAUUUGGUCACAAGCUGAUGACUGAGCUGGCUGUGAUGGAAUUAGAGUACAAGAGCAUUUCUUUCAUCUUAAAGCCAAUGGCAUGCAUCUAAUUAACCAGCCUGACACCAUCAGCCCUGCCUCCUCUUGAAUCUCCCUCCCUUUCAACCAGCUUCUUCACUUCCUGCUUCCUCUCUCCUCCCUUGCUCCUUCCCACUGUUACUCAACAAUCUCCAUUCAUAUGACCUACGAGAGAGUUUCAUGGUGCUUCCUCUACUCAGGUAGAGCUAUAAUGUAAAUGGAUUGUAAUGUAAAUGAUUUUCUCCUGUAUUAAUGUUAUGAUUCAAA